CCAGACACCGUCCAUUGCACGUCGCUCGCAUCCGCUCGCAUCCGCUCGCAUCCGCCCGCCAUGUCUCCCCCCGCAAUUAUCGCGCCCUCGAUCCUGUCAGCCGACUUUGCGGCCCUCGGCCAGGCGUGCUCGGACACGAUGGCCCACGGCGCCGACUGGCUGCACGUCGACAUCAUGGACGGCCACUUUGUGCCGAACAUUACGUUUGGCGCGCCUGUCGUGACCAAGAUCCGGCGACACGUCGAUGCGCCCACGGCUGCGUACGGGAGGGGCACUUUCGAUUGCCAUAUGAUGAUUGCUGAGCCUAAGAAGUGGGUCAAGGAGUUCAAGGCCGCGGGCUGCAACCUCUACUGCUUCCACUACGAAGCGGCGAUCGCGUCAACGGCAGCAGACUCUCCCGCUGGCACCUCCGACGCUAAGACUAGCCCCAAGGAGCUCAUCCGCUAUAUCCACGACCAGGGCCUGCAGGCCGGUAUCGCGAUUAAGCCGAAAACGAGCGUGGAUGUGCUGUGGGACAUUCUUGCGAACCCGGUUAAGGAAGAGGUCCCUGAUAUGGUUCUCAUCAUGACGGUCGAGCCUGGCUUCGGCGGGCAGUCCUUCAUGGCCUCGGAGCUGCCCAAGGUGUCAGCCCUGCGCGCCAAGUACCCGGAUCUGCACAUUGAGGUCGACGGCGGGUUGUCCGAGAAGACCAUUCCUCAGGCGGCUGAUGCUGGCGCCAAUGUCAUUGUCGCUGGCAGUGCCGUGUUUGGUGCGAAGGACCCCGCGGAUGUUAUAAGGAAGCUGCGGGAGGCGGUUGACGGGAAGCGGAUAUAAUGGUUUGUCCGCGAGGAUUGAUGCGAGUAGGCUGAGCUGAAGCGCUGCUGUGUGCUGCUUCUGCCGAGGUCCCCAUGUCUUUCUUGUAUUCCCUUGCUCUUUACUUCGUCGCGAUGGCUGGUUCCUGCCCAAGGAGACGUGUCAAGCCUCAUCGGGCUGAGCAAGAUGUCAUUCGACACGGCCGCACCGAUGGAUACGCCUCUAAAGUUUCCCUGCAC